AUGGCGCCCAAGAGAUCGACGUCGCCGGCCGCAAGCAUCAGCAGCGGCGGCAGCGGCAGCGGCGUGUCCGCGGCGGCGGCUGCGGCUGCGGCGACGGAGCAGCCGAGGCUGCGCGGCGUGAGGAAGCGGCCAUGGGGCCGGUACGCGGCGGAGAUUCGGGACCCGUUGCGGAAGGCGCGCGUGUGGCUGGGCACCUUCGACACACCCGAGCAGGCGGCGCGGGCCUACGACGACGCCGCGCGCAGGCUCCGCGGACCCGGCGCCACCACCAACUACCCCGCCACGGAGCCGAUGGCGCUGGCGGAGGCUCCAGUGGCGAGCGCGAGCGGGAGCCGGAGCGGGAGCGCCGUGGCGUACGCGUCGUCGUCGUCGUCGUCCUCGUGCUCCUUGCCGUUGCCGCAGGAGUCGCUGGCGGCGGUGACGGUGGCGGUCGCGGCGCCGCCCCCGUCGCUGGACCUCAGCCUGGCGCUGCCAGCUGCGGCGGCCGCGCAGCCGUACCAGCUGUUCGUGGACCCGACGGCCGCGGCCGUGACGCCGGCGCUGCUGCAGUUCCUGCCGCCGAAAAGCGAGGAGGAGCGGAGCUGCUCUGGGUCGUCGUCUGUGGUGUUCGACGCGGCGCCGCCGCCCGUGGGCCUGGGUCUGGACCUCAACCUGGCGCUGAUGCCGCCGACCGAGAUGGUCAUGUGA